GCUCUGCUCCAUGCGGCAUAAGUAUAUAACCAUGGGCCAGUCUGCCCCCAGCAAUCAUGUUGGGAACAAAAUGCUUUUCGUUAUUCAUACAAUCUUCGCAGAACUCUUGCUUCACUCCACAUGUAGCUAGCCCGCCAUGCCUUUCCCGGCUGGGGGUUACGCUGGGGAGGGGGGAGUAUCUGCAAAACGACCGCGUGCGAAGACGUUAUCAGAAUCUCAAUGGGAACCCUACCGACGCAUUAUCGAAGAGCUGCAUCGUUCAGGCUAUACCCUGAAUCAUAUAAAGCAUGAAAUGCGGCACAAGCAUAACUUUGCCCCAACCCACCGACAAUACGUUCACAGACUGAAGAAAUGGGGUCUGAAAAGAUACAACGCCGAUAGAGAGAUCACUUGGUCGCCCGGACCCUUUGGCGACGGCGACAAUGAGGAAGUCGCUUUAUACCUUGAUUCGCUUGCCCCGUUGUCCGGGCCGGAAUCGGCAUCGAAAUCGUCAUCCUCCCCCUCCGACGAUAGGAUCACUUCUGAAUGUGAUUCCGAUCAGUCCGAGAUAUCACGACUAUACCUGCCGAGUCCUGUAUCUCUCGGUCCGCAAGCGCAUCUACAUCCCGGCGCUCAAAACAACCAUGGGAGAGGAGCCUGCAGCACCGAGGACAGCAAACUGCCUUUGCACUCUACAUUGGCAUCUUUCAUUCCCUCCAACAACAAUAUUUUGGUCAGGAUUGUGCCCUGAGGUCGACCAUCGUCGCCUGUGUCCGGUCGGCCCUAGACGAUAGGCACAUCGCCAUGGUUCGAGACAUCCUCCAGCACCAAGUCAACACGGCGCACGAUUCCUCUGAAGCAUUAUUUUACCGCCUACUUGGGACCCAUGGAUUUCCUCACCAGUCCCAGAACGGC